AUGGCGCGACUUGGGAAGAAACAAGAGUUCAAGCGAAACUUCAGCUUCCUCUCCGCUCUCGGCUUUGUUUCAGUGUACAUGGCCACUUGGGAGUUCGUCUUGGUCAGCCUGUCUGUUGGGUUCACAAACGGUGGCUAUGCUGGGCUGUUCUGGUGUUUCUUGACGACAGUGACCUGUUACGCCACGAUUGUGCUCUCCCUCGCGGAGAUGGAAUCCAUGGCACCCACGGCAGGUGGGCAAUAUCAUUGGGUGAGCGAGUUCGCGCCCCCGCGGUAUCAGCGUAUCCUUUCGUAUGCUUCCGGCUGGAUGAGCACUCUUGGCUGGCUAUCCAGUGUCGCCAGCAGCACGUUUAUCGUUACCACUCAAAUUGAAGCCAUGAUCAAUGUGACGAACCCAGAUUACGCAUUCGAAAGAUGGCAGUAUACGCUCAUCAUGAUAGCUUUCACGGUGAUCACCAUCUUCUUCAACACAUGGGGAGCGCCCGUGUUGCCGUCUCUGGAAACAUUCUGCCUGUUCGGACAUGUGAUCGGAUUUUUCGUGAUCAUGAUCCCACUAGUGGUGCUCUGCCCAAAGAAUUCCGCCUCGGACGUGUUUCUGGAUUUCCAGGAUAACUCAGGAUACAACAACAUGGGCGCCGCAUAUCUGAUCUCACAGGUGUAUGUCAUGUACUGCAACCUGGGUAGCGAUUCUGUCGUCCACAUAAGCGAGGAAGUCGAGAACGCCUCUCUCACUGUUCCGAGAGUAAUGAUCUGGUCUUACUUUGGCAACGUGUUGCUCGGUAUUGGUAUGCUGGUCACCAUGCUCUUCUGCAUCGGGCCACUCGAGGAUACUCUCAACGCGGAUAUUCCCUAUCUUCUUCUCUUCAACAACACUGGCAGUCCUGCCCUGUCAAUCGCUCUGAACGUCAUUCUUUUCCUGCUGAUCUAUAUGGGCAACAUCACUGCGCUUGCGACCUGCGCGAGAGAGAUCUUUGCAUUCGCGCGUGACAAAGGUCUCCCGUUCUCUAGCUUCCAGAGCAAGAUGGACCCCAAGUGGAACGUACCUUUCAACGCUGUGUAUGUCACCUCUGUCGUGGUGGUUCUUCUCAGUCUAAUAGUGCUCGGCUCCGAGUUGGCCUUCAACAUCAUCGUAUCGCUCUCGUUGUUGGGCCUGCUCAGCACGUAUAUGAUCAGCAUCGGCUGUGUCCUCCUCAGACGCAUCAAGGGGGAGGGGCUCCCACCAGCCCGAUGGUCACUCGGGCGCUAUGGACUCGCGAUCAAUGCCUUCGCGUUCCUGUACUCGGCUUUCAUCAUCAUCUUUUGCUGCUUCCCCACGAACCUGCCUGUUGAUCUGGAGACGGCCAAUUGGGCGCCCUUGGUGUGGGUAGCGGUGAUCAUCAUAUCGGUGGUGUUCUAUGUCGUUUAUGGAAAGACUCACUACACAGCACCUGUGGACUUCGUGGAAGGACGGAGAGUCUCAGGUACCGGGCUGCAGACGAGUUGA